AUGCCCCGAGAUCCAAAACUAUCCAUAGAUAUCGCCGCGGCUGCUCGAGGCCAACGAAGAGACACCUCUCGCAGAGAUACUCAAAAUUCUCAAACUGCCGAGAAAGAAGGCGCGAAUCUCGAGGGGGAAACAGAUGUUGAACCUGAAGAUAUCAACGAUGACGAGGACGAACUCUCUUCCGUGCCAUCAAUACCCGAUGAGAACAUAGACUUUGAUUUUGUAUAUGCUUUACAUACAUUUGGAGCUACCGUAGAGGGUCAGGCAAGCGUAGUCCGAGGAGAACCCUUGACUCUCUUGGACGACUCAAACAGUUAUUGGUGGCUAGUCAAAGUAUUAAAAAGCGAGGAAGUUGGCUACAUUCCUGCUGAGAAUGUCGAAAUGCCGCAAGAACGUCUGGCAAGAUUAAAUAAACAUCGUAACGUUAACUUAUCAUCCUCACAACACCACGAUACAUUGCCAGCUGUCAUACCAAAGGCGAAGCCUGUUGCUAAAGCUCGUUUGAAUGUUUCAUUUGGAAAUACGGAAGACAAUGUUGGUCCCGAACAGAUGGUCAAUGUAAACUUUGAAAGAGAAGACCAACUAAUUCAAACUAAUGUACAAUGGAAUCAACCGAUACAAAUGCAACAAGGGACCGCUCAGGAAAGCCAGUUACAACAGGAAAACAUGCAAUGGGGAGAUCAGCAACAGCUACUGCAAGGACCUAUGCAGCCUAACAUUCAGUGGGCGGAAGAUCAACAGAGAUUGCAACGAGAAACACUUGACAACAACGCUGCGUUCCAGAGGACUGACGAUGCUAAUAGGCAGAUUAUUCAAGGACAAUAUGUUACCAAUGCCAACAAUUACAGCGGCUAUAGCAAUAACAAUUAUCGAUCUCCAGAUAAUGCUCCCAAUCAAGAAAUUAUAGAUGUCGUCGAACAGCCAUCUGGAGAAACUAUUAAGAUGACGCUUACACCCUCUCUAGGCAGCGAUUAUAUAGACUUCUCUGAUGAAGAAAAUGAUACCCGAAAGGAAGUGGAUAAGACCAAUAAGUUCUUCUUCGAUGAAGAAACCAGAGUGAAAGUUCCGAUUGAGGAAUAUAUGAAAGACUUGCCUCCUGAAGAUACUAAGAAGGCUGGCAAGGGUAAGAGGGAGAAGAAAGAAGGCAUAUUUACAAAACUUUUCUCGAAAAAGAAACAAAAGGUAAAGAAAGAAGAAGACCAACAGAAACUUGUGUCGAGUGCAACAUCUUCUGUUCAAGUACAAGGAUUGCCGAGAGCUGAUUCGCGGCAAGGUGCGCGUUUACAGCCACCAUCGAUGCAAAUGCAAGAUCAAUUCCAGCCAUCGUCACAACUUCAACAAUACAUGGCUCCGAAAAUGCAGCCCCAAAAUGUUCGUAAUACGCCGGAUCCAAUUAAAUCUAUUUCCCAAGUAGCUUCAGACGGUGCUUCAGCUCCCACAAGCCCUCUUCUUCACGUUUUGACUGUUCACCCAGGAAAUAACAUCCAAACAAACGUCAGUUAUAAGACAAUAUUAUUAAGCCGUUCGACCACAGUAACCGAACUUAUAAAGCAAUCGCUCACGCGAUUCAAACUAGAUAAUCCAGUAAAUUGGGAAGAUUAUUUUAUAACAGUGAAAGAGUUUGACGGAGAGGAAAUUCAUCUUAUGCCACACGAUCACCCACUCGAAAUUUUCCAGACACUAGUUUCUGCGUCAACAAUGCCUCUUCCUCAAGUCAAUCGGGAAUCUAUCUCAUCCAUAUCGUCUGAACUGUCAAAUGAUGCAGUGAUUAGAAAUCUGCGCUUGAGCGAAUUUCUAGAGAGGAAUACCGUGAGAUUUUAUCUAAACAGAAAGAACAAGCGCGGCAGCCGUUCCUCUGGCGAGCGGCGGAUACGCGUGCAUGUGUUGAUCUAUCAUGAUGACCUGCCGUCAUAUUUGAAAAAAAGUUCUGUCCCGCGUGUAUCAAUGUCUGUGCCAAAGCAUCUCGCUGAUAAGGCCGCGAGGAGGCGAUCUCCUGGAGAGGAAGGCAAGCCGAGGGAGAAAGUAUUGAUAUUUAAUGGGCGCGUUACAGUUGCCGAGGUUAUUACAAAAGCACUCGAUAAAUUUGGAAUUACCGAUGGGAUAUUCGAUGAUGGUUCACAUAUAGCGGACGGUGAUACAAGACCGAGAUAUAAUUUGAUGGUAUUUGCCGAUGGUGAGGAAAGGGUGCUUCAAACCAAGACCAAGAUUAUUGAUGCUUGUCCAAACCAACCCGACUUUCGACCACAAUCUGUCGAUUCUGUCGAUUCGAAUUUGUCUUUAACAUCUGAUUAUCGAUUCGAAGAACCCAUAUUUGUACUACGAAUGUCUAACUCAGAUGAUUAUCAACGGCAUGCCAUGCCUGAUUCAAAGUCUGGCCCAGAACCUGGCAAAAGUGAAGAGACUUUAUCGCGUAAGCAGCUUAUAGAACAACAGCGAGAAUAUAGUCGUGCUAAGCAACGUUCGAUUCUAGCUGCGCAUAAGAAUGAUGCUCAAGGUGUCGAUAUUGUGACUAGCGCUGGCGCAAUUCGUAGUUCUCGCAUAUUCGGCCAAAAAGUGCGGUAUUCAUUUAUCCCGCAACAAGGCGGGGAGGAAAUUGAUAUUAGUGACAUCAUUGAGAACAUUUGGGGUGGCGAGAUGGAUGAGCAAGAUAACGCAGAAUCAGACGAAGAAAUAAUACAGAGAAACUCCGAAUCACGUGAUAAUACAGAUGAAUACAUUGCACCAUUGUCCAUUCAGAAAAGAGACGUGCCGAACAAUCGGCGAGCAUCAACAAGAAAGAGCUUGACAGCUGAGACUGACAUACUGAUGGAGACUGUUGAUCAAGCACAGGGCGAUAAUAAUCGAAUGAGUCAAUCGUUGGAGGAAAAGAUAGAGCGUGUAUUACUUACGGUAGCUGCUGGACAGUAUAAUAACAAAAUACCUGAAUCUCCUACAGCACUUAGUCGUCAACUGUCAGAUAGACCGAAAGCAACCGCUGUUCAGGAACAUACACGGUUUCGUCGUCUUAGCCAACCUCAUAAUGGACGCUCUAAUAGCCAGACGUCAUUACCUCCAAUAUCAACCAACAUAAAUGCUAGUGUUCCUACUGGUAUGGGUUCUCCGAAAUCUAAACAAUCUCAAGGAAGCUCAUAUUCUCGUUCUUACAAGAGUAAUGCGAGCCGUACUAGAUCGGGCUCUGUUGCUUCAACUAGCUCACUCAACUCGGCUGUUAGUCCUACGCAGAGUAAUAUGCCUGGCGGACCUUCAUCUCCUGGCAUCGCUUCGAUCGCUGAGAGUGAUUGGGUUUUAUCAGAUGAUUUUGGAUUGCAGGAACUUCUGGUCCUUGUUCGGUCAAGUGUGAAUUUCGUAGAGAUGAAAGAGAGAAGGCGAAGCGGAUGGAAAUUGCAAGACGAUCCCGAAAAAUUUCUUGAAGAUAUUAAUCCCAAUGAGUUUAUAGACGAUAUCAAGACACUUUAUUUAAGCGCGGAAUCAGAGUUGGAUGGUUUAGAAAAGGAACUUGACAUGUUAAUGGACAAUGCAUUGAGAGUAAUUUAA